CGCCCCGACCACGCCCCAGCGGUCAUUUUCCGUCGCGGCCGCCGUCACUCGUUGUCUCUGUCUCGUAGCUCGGUAACUGGGGUGACGGGCGUCCUCGCGCUGGGUCUUCGAUCGCCGGUCUCGCAGAUCGACGAUCGCGGUACUGACUGGUGUUAGCGCCAGUCAUGGAGAACUACCGCCGCCUCUCCGACCAGGAGCUCAUCCGCAUGCUCAAACUUUAUAACAUUCCUCACGGGCCCAUCGUGGGCUCAACCCGGAAACUGUAUGAGAAGAAGAUCUAUGAGUACGAAAGCCAGAGAACCAAGUUCCCAGCUGGGACUGGGAGCUCUUCUUACAGCUGUGGAGACAACUCCGGGAGCAGCCAGGACUACCCCAGACAGGACGAAGAGGAGGACUCAGAAGUUGACUAUGACAAUUACUAUGAAGAGAGUUACUCAACUACCAAGACUUAUAGGGAAGCCGAUAAUGCAGCCACCCCAGUUGCCAAGGCCAGGACCAGCCUCCAGGACCCCCUGCCAUCUUCAAGCUAUAGCAGUGACAGUGCCAAGAAGCCCACCUACCACCUGCGCCAGCGGAUAAGGGAGAACAUUCUCUACCCCUUGUCCCAGGAGGAGGACGUAGACGACAGCAGUGAAUACUUUGACCGAGAUGCCAAGACCUACCAGAAUGUCUCUCACUACCGAUCAAGCACUGGCCCAGGCCGUGACUUCUCUUUCAGCCCAGAGCCUUCUUCUUUCUUCUCCUCCUCUACCCCUGUUUCCUCAGCCUCCCGCUGGUACUCCCUCCCUCUGGAGGUCGAAGCCCGCCAGGCUAUUAGAGCUGGCCAAGGCCCUGGGGCCAAGGCAGAAAAGAACAGCAGAUUGGUGCCCCUUUGGGUCCAGUUCCUUCUCUUCAUCGCUUUUGCUCUCUUUCUGGCCUUUUUCUACUAUUUCAUGCAGGCGGAUGAUGAUAACCCCUUCCGCCUCCAGAACUGAGGGGCCCGUCGGGGCCUGGGAGAAGGCAGAGUGUCGGCCCCAUUUCGAUCUUAGCUGCCUCUCCCUCUUGUUCUCUAGCCUCCCUUCUGGAGCGGAUGAGGGGCCCAGGGUCAUCUUCCCGCUCUUAUUCUCUGUUGGGCCUUUUGUGAGGGUCCAUGGGGCCUGUUUGACUUCUCCUGGCCCUACCCAUAGUGCCUUGUUUUUGGGCUGCAUUGCUAAGCUUCUGAUCACUUUGGUUGGAGGAGUGUUCGUGUUUGUUUCAAUGUUUGUUCCUAGAAAAGGAAUUGUUCUGGCCUGUCCCCCCUCCAUCACAUCUGGGUCAUCCAGAUCCAGGGGGUGCUUUCCUUGAAGAAAGCCGUGCUCCUCCCCGACCUAGACUUCCCCCGGAAUUCAGUGGUGAGGUCGGGAGAGGUGUCCAAACACCACAGUGUUCUCAAGGGUCUCCCACUUUGGCACCAUGGCCUCCUUCUCACCUGAGGCCUCCAUGGGGCCACUGCCAUCUGCUGUCAUUCCACCUGCAUCCCUGCCCUCUGACCAGAGGCAGGGCAACUGAGCCUUCGACAAAAAUUGCCAAGCGGCCCCUUGACUUUGUUCUCAUGGACUUACUUCAAGGAUUAAAGGAAUUGUUUAUUUUUCAA